AUGAAUAAGUUCUUCGCGGUUUUCGCUUUAGUAGCUAUCUCGAUGGCGGUGGCCGCGCCCUCGAGCCCGGAGACUGCGGCGCGGCGCGCGCUGCCCGCGCUGCAGCACGAGGAGAUCCACGACGAGUUCGGUCAGUACGCGCUCCGCUACGUGACCGCCGAGGGCACCGUGGUGUCGGAGCGCGGCCGGCUGGUGUCCAACCCGGACGGCACCGGCCACGUGCUCGUCACCGAGGGGGAGACCUCCUACAUCGGCGACGACGGCCGCACCUACGUCACCAAGUACAGCGCCGGCUUCGACGGCGUCAAGGUCGAGGGCAACCAUCUGCCCGUGGCGCCCGAACCUCUUCCAGCUCAGUGA